AGCAGUCGCUCCUUCCGGUGUCCUUCCCGGCGGGGGCGGUGGCGGGGCGGCCAUGGCGCAGAACCUGAAGGACCUAGCGGGACGGCUGCCGACCGGACCCCGCGGCGUCGGCACCGCACUUAAGCUACUUUUGGGCGCCGGUGCCCUGGCCUACGGCGUGCGAGAGUCCGUCUUCAUUGUGGAGGGCGGCCAGCGCGCCAUCUUCUUCAACCGGAUUGGCGGCGUGCAGCAGGACACCAUCCUAGCCGAGGGGCUGCACUUCAGGAUCCCCUGGUUCCAGUAUCCCAUCAUCUAUGACAUCCGAGCGCGGCCGCGGAAAAUCUCCUCCCCCACUGGUUCCAAAGACCUGCAGAUGGUGAACAUCUCCCUGCGUGUGCUGACGCGGCCCAACGCAGCCGAGCUGCCCAGCAUGUACCAGCGCCUGGGACUGGACUACGAGGAGCGCGUCCUGCCCUCCAUCGUCAAUGAGGUGCUCAAGAGCGUCGUGGCCAAGUUCAACGCCUCGCAGCUCAUCACACAGAGAGCCCAGGUGUCUCUGCUCAUUAGGCGAGAACUGACAGAGAGAGCCAAGGAUUUCAGCCUCAUCCUGGAUGAUGUGGCUAUCACGGAGCUCAGUUUCAGUCGUGAAUACACAGCUGCUGUGGAGGCUAAGCAAGUGGCCCAGCAGGAGGCACAGCGCGCCCAGUUCCUGGUGGAGAAGGCCAAGCAGGAGCAGAAGCAGAAGAUAGUUCAGGCCGAGGGGGAAGCGACAGCUGCCAAGAUGCUUGGGGAAGCUCUCAGCAGGAAUCCAGGCUACAUCAAGCUACGUAAGAUCCGAGCUGCUCAAAACAUCUCAAAAACGAUUGCUGCCUCACAAAACCGUGUGUAUCUCACAGCAGAUAACUUGGUACUGAACCUGCAGGAUGAGGCCUUCACCAGAGGAAGUGACAGUCUCCUAGCCAAAGGGAAGAAAUGAAAGAAGCUGAAGAUUCCUAGAACCAGCGUUGCUGACCAGCAGAAGAUAGGAGUGAGGAUCUUUGAACUCCCUCCACUAGUAUUUUUUGUCCUCACUAUGAAGUUUUUAAUCCAGUAGCCAGAUUUGGUCCCCUGCCUCUGCCCCAUCUAUGGUGAUUCAGUUACAGGAAUGGGCUCUGCCUCUAUGCAGCUGUAAUUCCUUCCUCAUUCCACCAGUUAAAUUUGGAGAGUGGGCAAAGGGGCUUACUGGUAUUAACCCAUGUGGAUAUUUGCCUCUAAUCUUCAUUAAUAUUUAGAUUUGUGCAGGAUAUCAAAUUAUUUUUUGGCCAAGUGAGGGAGUUCUUUUGCCAUCAGCAUCAGGCUUUUUUUGUAGUGAAUUUUGUUUCUCUUUCACUCUUGAUCCCAAGAGAACUUGGGACUGAAUUCAGGACAAUGCCAUUCAUUGGGUGCCUGUCACUGCUGGAAUAUCUUAGUGUCACUGUCUGCUCAGUGAUACUUUCAAAUAUUUGUAAAAAUUAAAAAUCAACCAAAUUUA